UUAUGAUUCAGACUGGUGAUCCUACUGGCACUGGCAUGGGAGGUGAAAGCAUCUGGGGAGGAGAAUUUGAAGAUGAGUUCCAUGCAACUUUACGACAUGAUAGGCCCUAUACUCUCAGUAUGGCAAAUGCAGGACCAAACACCAAUGGCUCCCAGUUCUUUGUAACAGUAGUACCAACGCCUUGGCUGGAUAAUAAGCACAGCGUGUUUGGAAGAGUAACAAAAGGAAUGGAAGUUGUUCAGAGAAUUUCAAACGUGAAAGUUAAUCCAAAAACCGAUAAACCCUAUGAAGAUGUUUUCUGUAAGGGAGUGCUGUUUUUUUACUCCAAGAACAUCCCAACUGAAAAAAGAAAAAGUGGAAGACAGACAAUCUAUGGAUGGGGGCUUGCUUUUCAUGACAAGGAAUUUAAGAGAAAGCAACCUGCCAAAGAUGUAAAAGAAAUCCAGCAACUCAAGGAAACCCAACUCCUACAGAGAAUUUUGGUGAAAGAUAAUGUUGAGAGAGAAAGAAGCAUGAAGGACACAUGGCAGAAGUCUAUAUAAAAUGGAGAAGGCAAAUGAAACA